UGAGAUGGAAACGAAGUAUAGAUCUGUCAACGAAACCAAGGCUCAAAUCUGUGAAAUUUUGACCAGCAGAAGAGAGCAAAACAGUUCCAAGGACUGGGUCACAAAUAAAGACCGGUGUUAUUACGUAUCCAGGUUUAAAGCAUCUUUCCAAAAAGCGAUACAAGAAUGUUCAAUCCGUGAUUCAAGGCUGCUGGAAAUCAAUUCAAGGGAUGAAGCGAGCUUUGUAUACAACAAUCUUUUGUACAAGAACCUUAAGUACUGGAUUGGAAAAUGCGAAGACGGGAAUGUGAGCUUCGGUCUCCUGUACAAGGGGUCCUCUGGAACGUCCCCUUGCAGUCAGUGUGACCUGACUUCACUCGGAAGGAUUUACCCUUGCGAUCUUGAUCAGCAUUUCAUUUGCGAGAAGUCGGCAACUUUGUUCUCGCAUAUUCCUGAAAAGAUCCAGGGUCUCUGUCAACAGCCAGUGGAGGCGACGUGAAUCAAAUGACUGUCCCCAGUCUCCCUUUCACUCUCACUCCCCGAUCAUUCCAGAUUCCCUGCCCACCCUCUCUGCCCUUCCCUGCUACACCAAUUCCUCUGCUUAUCACAAUCAUAUUGUCUCCACCAGACACCGAGAAGCCUCUCUUGCUGUCUAUCCCCUUCUUUCCCUCCAUUCCCCCGUCCCUCUCUUUCUGCUCCCUCUACCUCCUUCCUUCACCUCUCUCCCCGUCCAUCCCCUUCUUUCCCUCCAUUUCCCUGUCCCGCUCUGUCUGCUCCAUCUACUUCUC